GUUCGAAUGUUGUGGUGCGCAAGUCGACGUUCCAACGCCACUCGCGCACACACGACCGCAAUACCGGGACCAUGGCGGAUACAGGAGAAGAAAAGAUUUCCAAAAAGUAAAGUACUGUAAUAUAGAGGAUGAUAAGGAUGUUGAGGUGCUUACUACAAACAGCGGCCUUCCAGGGUGCCCGAGUUUUGGAGACUCGGGGGAACAGACUCUUAACUCUGUCAGGCUGUUCGGCAUAUUGCCAGCCCUACUGCUCAUAUUCAUCCCGCAGUGAACUGAAAAGGAGACUGAAGGCUGAGAAGAAGGCACAAGAGAAAGCAGAAAAAGAAGCAAAUAAGGGUGCAACUCAGGCUGACCAGGCUGCAAAACCCAAGAAGGUGAAUGAGGAAGAAAUUAGUCCCAAUGAAUACCUCAAACUGAGGACCCAGUAUGUUCAGCAGUUGAAAAAUGAAGGUAAACCAGUGUAUCCUCACAAGUUCCAUGUGUCUACCUCACUCACACUGUUCCUGGAGAAAUACAGUUCACUGGGAGAAAAUGAGGAGGGAAAGGAGGAAGUUACUGUGGCUGGCAGGGUCCAUGCCAUUCGAGAGAGCAGCCAGAAGUUGCGCUUCUAUGACCUCAGAGGGGAAGGAGUAAAGUUACAGGUAAUGGCAAAUCUGAAAUUCUAUGAAAGUGAGGAGAGUUUCAUGGAUGAUUGCAAUAAGAUCCGUCGAGGAGACAUCAUUGGAGUGAAGGGCAUUGGACUGCGGACCAAGACUGGAGAAUUGUCUAUCCGUCCAUCCAAGAUUGAAGUCCUCUCUCCAUGUCUUCACAUGCUUCCACAUCUCCACUUUGGUAUUAAGGACCAGGAAACAAGGUACAGACAGAGAUAUCUUGACCUUAUUAUCAAUUCAGACAUCCGCAAGAAGUUCGUUGUCAGAGCUAAUAUAAUCUCAUACAUUCGCAAGUUCUUUGAUGACUUGGGUUUCUUGGAGGUUGAAACGCCAAUGAUGAACAUGAUUGCUGGGGGCGCCACAGCAAAGCCCUUCAUCACACAUCAUAAUGACUUGGACAUGGACCUCUACCUGCGAGUAGCCCCUGAACUGUUCCUCAAGAUGCUUAUUGUUGGAGGUAUUGACAGAGUAUAUGAAAUUGGGAAACAGUUUAGGAAUGAAAGCAUUGAUCUCACACACAACCCAGAGUUCACAACUUGUGAAUUCUAUAUGGCGUAUGCAGACUAUAAUGACUUGAUUGAGCUUACAGAAAAGUUGGUGUCAGGGAUGGUUCAUAGCAUUUUUGGGUCAUACAAAGUGAAAUUCCAGCCACAAGGACCAGAAGGUGAAGAAUGGGAAAUUGAUUUUAAACCUCCCUACCGAAGAAUUCACAUGUUCCCAGGUCUUGAGAAGGAGCUCAAUGCAAAACUUCCAGCCCCAGAUCAGCUUAAUUCAGAGGAGGCACGCAAAACUUUAAGUGACUUGUGUGAGAAGCAUGGUGUAGAGUGCCCUCCUCCUCGCACUGCUGCACGAUUAUUAGACAAGUUAGUUGGUGAAUUUUUGGAAGAAAAAUGUAUUCACCCAACCUUUAUCAUGGAUCAUCCCCAAGUAAUGAGUCCCCUUGCCAAAUAUCACCGUUCAGUCAAGGGACUUACAGAGAGGUUUGAGCUCUUUGUGGCCAAGAAGGAAAUCUGCAAUGCAUACACUGAGCUCAAUGACCCACUUGACCAGAGAGCCAGAUUUGCACAGCAAGCACAGGAUAAGGCAGCUGGAGAUGAUGAGGCACAAAUGAUUGAUGAGAACUUCUGCACUGCCUUGGAAUAUGGCCUCCCGCCUACAGGUGGCUGGGGCAUGGGCAUUGACCGCCUGGCCAUGUUCUUAACUAACUCAUACAACAUCAAGGAAGUCCUCUUCUUCCCAGCAAUGAAGCCUGAAGACCAACACAAGAAGCAAACUGAAGAGGCGAACAAGGAGAACCAGCCAUCGUCCUAAGGCCUUCAGGAUGUACUGCCAGUUUCCUGUUACCAAAGAGUUAGAAUGGCAACACAUUGGGGUUCUAAUUUUAAUGGUGGAGGAAUUGUGAUUUUUUCAUGAUUAGAAUCACACAAUCACAGCUCUUCUGAUUUAAGAUCGAAAUACGACAUUUACAUAAAUUAUUGAUCAAUAAAAUGUCAUUUUACAAAUGUAAGAUUUUUCUUACUAUUUAAGUCUACCCUAAUUGUUACCUUUAUUAUUAUAUUUAUUCUCUUUGGUGAUAUAAAACAUCGGGAGUAAUA